AUUUAAGGAGCUGAGCACACCAGCCAGGGCUGGCCCGGAGCUGCCUCCCUGAGCCACCUUAAAAACUGCUCGCCCCUGCCUGACCGCCUGAAUGGCAGUGCUGAGUGGCAUGAGGUCUCUGUUCUGAAGUCAAGUGGAAGGUGGAGAAUAUCCACCAGACUUCAGAGCUGCCGGGGCAGCCAUCUGUGCUGAGGAAGAGGAGGCAGGGAGCCUCUCCAGGGCCUAUUUAUUAUCCGAAAAUCAGCUUCCUCCCUCUUUCCUCCCUAAAUCACCUGCCACGGCUCAGUGCUUUGCAAGAUGCUUCUGACUUUAAUCCUGCAGAGUUUUUCCCACGCCCUGGUUGCAAGUCAUGGUUUCCACUGGGCGUAUUCAGGCCCCCACGGCCAGGAGCACUGGUCGGAUGACUUCCCGGACUGCAGGGGACAGGCCCAGUCCCCCAUCGACAUCCAGACCAAAGCGGUGCAGCACGACCCGACCCUGCAGCCUAUUGAACCCCAGGGAUACCGGACCCCUGGAGACAAGCCCUUCACCCUUAUCAACAGUGGGCAUGCAGGACUCCCCGGGGAUAACCUUGGGCAAGUCACUUCCCGGGCCUGUGCCUCUGGCCCCUGUCCCAAAGGGAUGGUGCGUGGAUGCGGUCACCAGCGGGCGCUCGGAGAGACUGCUUCUUUCAGAGCCUGCCCCGCCCCUGUCCCCCUGCAGCUGCACGUGGUCCAUUACAACUCGGAGCGCUAUGCCAACUUCAGCGAGGCCAAGAGGUGGGCGGACGGACUGGCCGUGCUGGGCAUCCUCAUCGAGGUGAGUGCGCUGCCAAGGCGGGGCAGGGCUGGUGGAUUCUACAAUCCAGCCAGCUUGAGAAGAGAUGCCAUCCUCGACCAGCUGAAGGAUAUUCAGUACGCAGGGCAGGAGGUCUCCAUCCCGCCCUUCGACGUUCAGGAGUUGCUUCCCAAGCAGCUGGGCCACUAUUUCCGCUAUAACGGCUCCCUGACCACGCCGCCCUGCUCCCAGAACGUGCUCUGGACUGUCUUCCACCAGCAGCCUCCCAGGUACCCGCUGCCAUGUGGGCUCCGGGUGUAUUUAAACAGCUGCCCCGGCCGUCACCCUCUCAUUUAUGCUCCGCCUGCCACCCGCCCCCACAGGCCCCAGCCCAAUUGCAACAGCCAGUCUCUGGCGCGAUGCCCCAGGCUCUAUCCAGGUCCCCCCGCCUACUCUGCAGGCGAGAUCAUCGCCAUUGUGUUUGGGACCCUCCUGGGCUGCCUCAGCGCCUUCCUCGCCCUCUACUUUGUGGUGAAGAGAAUAAGAGCAAAGAGGAUCCGGGAGCCGAAGGACGUCGUGUUCAAAUCCUCUUCCAGCCGUGCAGUGUCCGGACACACCCAUCGCCCCUGAACCCCACAACUUGCCUCUGCUCCCCUGUGGCAGCUACCCCCCCCCCCCCCCCCCGGGGCCAGCAGGCCUGGAGGUGCGCCAGGCAGAGUAGCUGUAGGAGUCCAACGCCCACACAGCCCCGGGAGGUUCCCUUUUGGGGGGGAUGCCUCCCACCCAGCCUGGGGGGAGAACACGGCCCUUCCCCCAGCCAGCGGGGCCAAUCCAGCCCGGGCUGGGCGUGACUCUCAGCUGUUCCCAUCCACGGCCUGCAGGGUGGCAGCUGUGAGAUGAGUUGGUGGGUCUCAGCUCAGUCUCUAGUGGAACAUCUGCCCCCCAGGGCUUGGACUCAGCAGACCCCUCGCCAGCAGCCUUGCUGCGUGGCAGGGCACAGACGCCGCUGCAGGCCUGCUACACGGCACAAGAACGCCGUCCCCUUCCCGCCGCCCAGCUCGCUGAUCUAACCUCCCCAGGCCGAGGGGCUGGUUUCCGUCCUGCAGCGCCGAGGCAGAUGACGCACCAGACAGCUCCACCCCCC